AUGGGUUGCAUAAUCUCUAAGAAGAAGUCUCCGAAGAAAAACCCCCACCACCAUCAUCAUCAUCAUCAUCCAACAGAGAAGCGUUCUUCACGGAUCAAUUCGUCGCGGAUCGACGAUUCGAGCCAAACGAAAGACGAGCAAGACAGAUCGAAUUGCAGAGACGCCAAAGUCAGAUUAAUCGAAUCCGAAAAGUUCAGCUCCAGUAGAUUCUCCGAGAAACAUGCGGAGAUUUCCCAGAUUGGUGACACAGACGACGAAGACGAAGAAGCUCCUCCUCCUCCUGAUGAGUUAAAGAGAGAGCCAAGCAUCGUUAUCCAUCAUCCAAAGGAAGAAGCUGAAGCUAAGCAAGUCGCUGCAGGAUGGCCUGCUUGGCUAGUCUCAGUCGCCGGUGAAGCUCUCGUCGAUUGGACUCCACGACGAGCAAGCACCUUCGAGAAAUUGGAGAAAAUUGGGCAAGGUACGUAUAGCAGUGUAUACAAAGCUCGUGAUCUUGUCAACAACAAGAUCGUCGCGCUUAAAAGAGUCCGUUUUGAUCUCAGCGAUCUAGAGAGCGUCAAGUUCAUGGCGAGAGAGAUCAUUGUGAUGAGAAGGCUUGAUCAUCCUAAUGUACUUAAAUUAGAAGGCUUGAUCACUGCCUCUGUCUCGUCUUCUCUCUACUUGGUUUUCGAGUACAUGGAUCAUGAUCUCGUUGGACUUGCCUCCAUACCUGGAAUCAAGUUCUCAGAGCCUCAGAUUAAAUGUUACAUGGAGCAACUUCUAAGCGGGCUUCACCAUUGUCACAGCCGUGGUGUUCUGCAUCGUGAUAUCAAAGGAUCAAACUUACUGAUUGACAGUAAUGGAGUCUUGAAGAUUGCGGAUUUCGGUUUAGCUACGUUUUUCGACCCGAAACACUGCGUUCCAUUGACUAGCCGUGUUGUGACGCUUUGGUAUCGACCACCAGAGCUUCUUCUCGGAGCUUGCCAUUACGGUGUUGGUGUUGAUCUCUGGAGCACCGGAUGUAUAUUAGGAGAGUUAUAUUCCGGGAAACCGAUCCUCCCCGGAAAAACCGAGGUAGAGCAACUGCAUAAGAUCUUCAAGCUAUGUGGUUCGCCAACAGAAGAUUACUGGAGGAAACUGAAGCUGCCACCUUCAGCUGCGUUUAGACCGGCGCUUCCAUAUGGACGACGUGUAGCAGAGAUGUUCAAGGACUUGCCGUUGAAUGUUCUCUCGCUUUUGGAAGCUUUACUCUCCAUAGAUCCUGACCGGAGAGGCUCUGCAGCUAGAGCUCUUGAGAGUGAGUACUUCAAAACAGAGCCGUUCGCUUGUGAUCCAUCGUCUCUACCAAAAUAUCCUCCAAGCAAAGAGAUUGAUGCUAAAGUCCGGGACGAUGCGAAAAGGCAGCAGCAACAACAACAGCGACCCAACGUGGAGAAGCAAGACUCUCAGACAAGACGGUCACACGAAAGAAAACUCAUCCCACCGGUGAAAGCAAAUCCGUCAAUCGCAGCAGCUAUGGAGAAUCCUUAUUUAAGAAGCUGUGCUGCGGGUAAUUCGACAAGACAAUCACAAACGCAGACUACAAAGGACAUGAGCAGCAACAACAAUCCGGCGGCGAGUGGAAGAGUCUCUCACUCCGGUCCGAUGACGAACAACCGGAAUCACAGCCGGUUAACGUACGUGAAGGAAAAUGCAGCUCCUAGAAUACCUUCGUACAGAGGUCACUCAACGGGACAAAGCGGUACAGACCAACCAAUCAUGGAUCAGCAGAGGAAGGAUCUGAGAGCAUUCAACAGAGCUGAUACUAUGGAUAAUAGUAAGAGGCAAAUCAAAAUGCCAAAUGACCCAUCUUGGUAUGAUUCUGGAGAUAACAAAAUGUACAUGUCGGGUCCAUUGUUGGCUCAGCCAAGUAAAGUGGAUCAGAUGCUGGAAGAACAUGACCGGCAGCUGCAGGAAUUCACCAGACACAAAGCAAAACAAUCCAGGCACUGA